AGUGCCACCUGCUCGUGCAGAACGUGCGCUGCCACGGCAUGCUGCCGAUCAUCACCGGGCUCUUCAAGUCCUGGGACACGCUGGACGUGGAGUGCUUCCUGUCCACGAACCGCGCCCGCCAGGGCGGCACCUCCCUCAAGAGGCGCAUGGCGCGGGCGAGGAGCAGCGUCAAGGUCCGCGGCAUCUUCGGCAGCGCCUCCUCCAACCCGGCCGCGGGCAGCGGCACGCUCGGCUCCCUGGACAUCCACCGCCUGACGCAGAUGUACAAGAAGGGCAACCCGGAGGCUUUCCAGGAGAAGGGCAGCCGCGCCUGGAUGUACAACUACUUCCACGGGCUGGAGCAGAGCAUCUACGGUUUCGAGCUCUCCAUGAUUUUCGACGGCCAAAGCUACGGACAGGCUCGCUGGGACGCAUGCCCGAUGUCUGGAUGUCGAGACCUGAUUGGGUACCGCAUUAUUCUACGGCCGCUGUUCCUCAGUCAGUCGUUCGUAGGAGCCAUGUCCCAUCGUGCUGUGCGCUUGGACUGCUCGGAUGAAUUGACGAGUCUCAUCGUGCUGACAUUGAAAUGAGCGCUCACUUGCUCUCCGAUCUCCUCAUACUGUUGUCACUCUUCGUGUCCCUCCCCCUCUGCUUCCUCCUCCUCCUCCUCCUCUUCCUCCUCCUCCUCCUCC